GUGAAAAACCCUUCAAGUGUGAAUACGAAGGUUGUGAUCGGCGUUUUGCUAAUUCUUCUGAUCGAAAGAAACAUUCCCAUGUUCACACCUCCGACAAACCUUACAACUGUCGUGUUUCUGGUUGUGAUAAAUCGUACACUCAUCCGUCAUCCUUGAGAAAGCAUAUGAAAGUGCACGGUUGCUCAGGAAGAUCACCACCCCAUUACGAUAGUGAUGGAGAGGAGUCAAACUCUUCUUCUGCCGGUAGCAUUUCGGUCGCCGCUAGUCCUCACGUAUCUGGACCACAAGUACCUGGUGCUACUGCCCUCAGUGAGUGGUAUGUUGCAUGUCAACCUACGCCCCCUACAUCUGACCCUUUGGGGGGCUUGGGCCCCUUUGGUAGUAUACAUCAUAGCGGAGCGGCUACAGCUUAUUGA